AAUUUGCAUUCGUUUUUCUAUACAUUGUAGAAAGAGUUCGAUUGUCGUUUCCAAUUUAUUUUGUUAUUAAUAUUAUCGCGCAAGAGAGAAAGACUAACAUGAUAAAUAUAAGUUCACGGUCAGAUAGUGGAGUGGUGUGAGUUUUUAGCCAUUAACGUUUCUUUUAUUACCAUUUCUACCUGUUACAUCGAACAACUCUACGAAAUUGCUUAAAGCAACUGACUAACAGUCUGCUUAUAUUCAGUUCAGUUUGUGCAUAGACAGUGUUUUGUCAACACGAAACUUAAGAGAAGCAAGAUACAAUGCCGGAAUUAUACGCAGUUACGUUGUCACCAGGGACACAUUUACAAAUCCACGGAACGGUGCCAGAGCAAGCAGACCGCACAUCCAUUAAUUUACAAUAUGGUCCAUACACACAUGACGAGCCCGAAGAAGGCGACACCAUUGCAAUGCAUUUGGAUGUUAGACAUGGCAGUGAAACUGUAGUCAGAAAUCAUUUCGAGGUGGAUGGAUGGGGUGAGGAGGAGUCUAGCGAUUUUCCGGGACUGCAGUCAGGCGAAGCAUUUCUCAUCGAAAUUAAAGUAGCAACUGAUUCUUAUGCCAUUCAAAUAAAUGGUGCAAAUAUUGGGGAAUUCAAGCACCGAGUACCGUUGGAAGGCGUUACCCAUAUGCGUGUAUUUCACGAUGUUACCGUCAACAGUGUCAGUUUGGAUGAACAGAAAUUGGUUGCGAUUAAUUGAAUUGGAUUGGGCACACAGAAAAA